AUGGCGUUGAUGGGUGGACCAAGUAGUAGCGAAUUGCUGCUGUUUGGAGAUCAGACAGAUGGGUUUUUUGCUCCAAUCAAGCAGCUAUACGACCAGGCCGCGAAUGACGCGUUUCUUUGCAAGUUCCUCCAAGAUGCCGCAACGGUGCUUCGUCGAGAGCUCAGCAGCCUAGAGCCUAGAAUGCGGGAUUCCAUGGGCGGAUCUUUCUCUGACCUGCUGCAGCUCGCUGAGCGCUUCCGCAGCCAAGACGACGUGGUUGGACUAGCACAUGCCGUCCUAGUAGGCAUCGUGAGGGCCGCAAAACUCGUCCAGUUUGUCCUCACUCAUUUGAUCAAUGCGUAUCCCAGGUUGUUGACUGCCAACAGCCUACCCACGUACUUGGUUGGAGCUUGUGGAGGCCUCCUGGCUGCUUCUGCCAUGAUGGUUGCCAACAACCUGCCGUCGUUGUACCAGUCGAGUCUGGAGAUGAUCCGGGUAACAUGCCGUCUCUCCAACCUGAUGAUCAGCCGGUCCAUGGCGGUUGAGGAUACGGUCGACUCGUGGGGGUGGUCGAUUCUUGGCGUGAGCACCAGCAAUCUCCAGGGGUAUUUGGAUGCGUUCCACAACACACAGAAGACGUCACCGCACCGCAGAGUCAAGAUUGGCGCAUCGGGAGUGGACGAUGGAUGGCAUACCAUUAUUGGACCGCCGUCGAUGUUGAAGCUAUUCUUCAGCAGUUGCGCGCCGGUGAGGGCGCUGCCCCGGCAGAGGCUUCGCAUCUCGUCCCUGACCCACGCCCUGGAUAGUCUGGACGAAGAGGAAGUCAAGUACAUCCUGGGAGAGUCGCCUCUGCUGGAUGCCCCGGUGCUUCCUCAGUACGUAUUCUUGUCCCUUGGAAACACAUCCGAGUAUCAAGGCGGCCGCUGGCGUGACGUGCUGUGCCAGGUGGUGCGCGAUAUUGGCACGAGGCCGCUCCUCUUGGGCCAGGGUCUGGAGGCGCUGCAUGGUCUGCUCGAUGCCGCCAGGCCAGUCACGCUGCAUGUCAUGGGGCCGACCGCCCACCUGUCCACCAUGUCUGGCUACCUGGAGCAGUGCGGCAGGACGGUCACUGUCGUCGACGAGCCCACGAGCGCGCGGCAAGAGACUGACGAGGCGGAUUACUCGGGCCGCAUUGCUAUCGUUGGCAUGAGUGGGCGCUACCCGGCGAGCGAGAGUCUCAAAGAGUUCUGGGACAUUAUUGCAGAGGGCAAGAUUGUGCAUAGCGAAAUACCGCGGGAUCGCUUCGACCUGGACGAGCUGUACGACCCAAAGGCAGCCAAGCACCUGUCGACGUCGACCAAGUACGGCUGUUUCAUCCAGCAGCCCGGCCUCUUCGACGCUCGCUUCUUCAACGUGUCGCCACGAGAAGCGCUGCAGAUCGAUCCGGGCCACCGCCUGUUCCUCAUGGCGGCGUACGAGGCGCUCGAGAUGGCCGGAUACAGCCGGGGCCACUACGCAGCCCCAGACGACAGCCGCAUCGCCACGUUCCUGGGCCAAGCGACCGAGGACUGGCGCGACAUUAUGCACCUGUCGGGCGGCGACGCCUUCAGCCUGGGCGGGCUGCAGCGCAGUUUUGGGCCCGGGCGCGUCAACUUCAGCAUGCGGUGGAGCGGCCCGACGUACAGCAUCGACUCAGCGUGCGCCUCGGGCCUGUCGACGGUGACGCUGGCGUGCUCGUCGCUGCUGGCACGCGAGUGCGACAUGGCGGUGGCGGGCGGCGCCAACGUCAUCGCCAGCCCCCUGACCUACCACGCGCUGAGCAAGGCGGGCUUCCUGUCGACAACGGGCGGCUGCAAGACGUACCGCGACGACGCCGACGGCUACUGCCGCGGCGAGUUUGUUGGCGCCUUUGUGCUGAAGCGCCUCGACGACGCCGUGGCCGACCACGACAACAUCCUCGCCGUCAUCGCCGCCUCGGCCCGCAACCACUCAGGCAUGGCGAGCUCCAUCAUGCACUCGGACCACCGCGCCCAGGAGAGCCUGAUGGGCGAGGUGCUGCGCAAGGCGCGUGUCGACGCGGCCGACGUAUCGUACGUCGAGAUGCAUGGCACUGGCACCCAGGUGGGCGACUUUGCCGAGAUGACGGCCGUCGCCAACACGUUUGGCCGCGCCCCAGGCCGCGGAGCGCCGCUGAAGGUGGGCGCCAUCAAGGCCAACAUUGGCCAUGCUGAAGCCGGCGCAGGCUCAGCGGCGCUGCUCAAGGCGGUGCUGAUGAUGCAGACGGGCAUGGUCCCCCCGCAGGCCGGCCUCCCGCACCCGCUCAACCCCAACCUGCCAGACCUGGCCGCCCUUGACAUGGACAUGCCCACGGAGCCCCAGCCCUUUGGGUCGCGUGCGGGCGACGGCAGCCGCGCUGUGCUCAUCAACUCGUUUGACGCCUCAGGCGGCAACACGUGCGUCCUGCUGCAGGAGCCGCCCGCGCGCCCCACUGCGGCCCAGCCCGACCCGCGCGCCAGCCACGUGGUGACGACGUCAGCCAAGACGGCCGGCGCCCACGUCGAGAACAAGCGGCGGCUGCUUGCGUUCCUGCAGAGCAACCCUGGCGUAAGCGUGGCUGACGUCAGCUACACGACCACGGCCCGCCGCCUGCACUAUCCACUGCGGACCGCGUAUGCCGUCAGCUCUACAGCUGACCUCAUUGAGCAGCUGCAGGCCGACCUGGCAAGCCCGCGCGCGCAGCUGGCGGGCGUGGGUGCUAAGCCUGUUGUCUUCGCCUUCACUGGCCAGGGCGCUGCGUACGGCGGCAUGGGUAGCGACCUCUUCCAGACGAGCCCGGCCUUCCGCAACAAGGCGCAGCUGUGUGCCCAGCUCGCCGCCUCGCUCGGCCUGCCGCCGUUCCUGCACCUCAUCACCGACCCAGACAGCAACGCGAGCGACGCGUCGGCGGCCCAGACGCAGCUCGCCGUCGUCAGCGUCGAGGUGGCGCUGGCGGCCUUCUGGGCCAGCUGCGGCCUCAGCCCUGCCGCCGUCACUGGCCACAGCCUGGGCGAGUACGCGGCGCUGCACGUGGCGGGCGUCCUGUCCCUCGCCGACAUGCUCUUCCUGGUGGGCCAGCGCGCGCUGCUGCUCGAGGCGCGCUGCGAGGCGCACACGUACUCGAUGCUCGCCCUCUCUGCCAACAGCAACGCAGCGCGCCAGCUGCUGGCCACGGCGCCUAGCAGCACCACUAGCUGCGGCAUCGCCUGCCUCAACAGCCCCUUGGCCACGGUCGUGAGCGGCCGCGUCGACGAGAUUGGCGAGCUGCAGCUCCACGCGCGUGCCCAGCAGCUGCGCUCCGUCAUCCUGCCCCUGCCCUACGGCUUCCACUCGGCCCAGCUGGACCCCAUGCUCGACGAGUAUGCGCGCAUCGCCCACACGGUGCCGUACCACGCGCCCGCCAUCCCCGUCGCGUCGACGCUGCUCGGCGCCAUGGUGUCGACGGAUGGUGUGUUUGACGCUGCGUAUCUGGUCCGCCAGGCACGUGAGCCCGUCAACUUUGCGGGUGCCGUCGCCGCCGUCGCCGCCACGCUGCACCAGCAGAGCCCCGUCUGGCUCGAGCUCGGCCCCACGUCGGUCUGCAUCGACAUGGUCCGUGCCAUUCUCUCUCCCCAGACUCCCCCAGCUCCCCCAGCUCCCCCAGCUCCCCCAGCUCCCCCAGCUCCCCAGGCUCCUCCCGCCGCCUUGCUGCCCUCACUCAACCGCGGCGUCGCGCCAUGGACAAGCCUCACCCGCGUCCUGGCCGCGGCGUACGAGGCGCGCGUCGACUUGGACUGGGCGGAGCUUCACAGGCCCUACGCCGCGCACUUGCGUCUCCUGGCCCUCCCCCCGUACGCGUUUGAUACCAAGGACUACUGGAGAGUGUACAAGUCGCCUGCCGCCCUGGCGCCCCAGCUCGCCGCUGCGCCACCAACAAGGCGGCCGCCGCCGCCCUCGACGACGACGCUGCAGCAGCUCGUGUGCGAGUCGACGGGCCCCAAGGCCGAGGCUACCUUCCAGUCGCUGUUCUCCAACCCAGCCCUGUCCGCCUUGGUCAAGGGCCAUCGCCUCGAGGGCGUCGCCAUAUCUCCCGGCGCGGUUUUUGGCGACAUGUCCUUGACGGCAGCCAGAUACCUGGCCGAGACGUCGAGCGGCGACAGGGCCCUUGCCGCCACAUUCAGCUCGACCCGUGACUGUGUCUUUCUACGGCCCAUUGUCUUGGACGAGGCCGACCAGAGCCAGAGCGUGCAGCUGCGUGUUAGCCUUGCGAGCGACGCCGGAUCCAGUCGCGGCAUCGUGUCUUCUUUGUUCGCGACAUCUCCGAGAGGCGCCAAGAUUGAGUAUGCCAAGUGCCGCAUCACGCAAACAGACGUCAAAUCCGUCGUCGCCGAGUGGAACAGGCGCGCGCCUGCCAUCCUCGCACGGUGCAGCGACGUCAGCCGGGCCGCCGCCAACGGCGCUGGCCAUCGAUUGUCUGCGCCUCUGUUCUAUGCCCUCUUCUCACACACGGUCAAUUACGACGAUGCCUAUCGCCGCCUGCGUGACGUGUCCAUCUCCGAGAACUUCAACCAAGCAUUCGCUGAGCUGAGGCUGGAACCUUCCCCCGCUGGCACGAGCUUUACACUCUCCCCAUACUGGGUCGACAGCGCUGUCCACCUCGCCGGUUUCUUGGUCAACUGCAAUCCUUCCAAGCCUGCCGAUACACUGGCCAUGUUGCAGUCUUUUGGCGCCUGCGACGUCCUGGAGCCACUGACCCCCGGCAAGCCCUACCACGUCUACGCGAGCGUCGGCACCCCCACCAAUGGCUCGUCCCCGGUCGAUGUCUGGGUGCUCGAUGGCCAGCGUCUGGUCAUGCAGUAUCUUGGGCUCCGCUUCCAUCAAGUCCCCACGACCACUUUUGUUCGCAUGCUUGGGAAACACGCUCCCUCUCCCGCUGAGCAACCCGCUAAGCAAAUCACGCCGCCGCCAUUCCUCUCUGUUCAGGACAACCUUGUACUUCAGCCGCCUCGCCGCCCACUGUCUCCAGCUUCAUCUAAUUCGUCGUCGUCUGGAACUUCUUCACAAGCCUUCUCGGCUGACUCUUGGGCGCCGACUCCUCCAACUCACCCCAACUCCCCGCCUGCGCAGUCACACCUCUCCACUGGCGGUCCUAAAAAGGAAGAUUUCGUAGGCAUCAUUCUGGAGGCUGUUGCCGAGAACACAGGCUACGAAGCCUCGAGCUUCACGCCCCAAAGUGUCUUGUCCGAUUUCGGAGUUGACUCUAUCAUGGCCAUUCAGAUUGCAACCCAGGUACAGGAAAAGCUGGGUUUUGACGUCGAGGCAAGAUUGUUUCACGAGAACCCAACCAUAGAGCAUGUCGCACAAGCCUUUAGCAGCCAGGUGCCGCCUAGUCUAACAGAGGAGCCCAAGCUGGACAGCAUCCGUUCCCAGCCCUCGGCUUUUGAGCAUUCCCCUCCCGAGCCCGCCGACACGGUAGCUCCCAAAGGUAGCAAAACCGAGCUUAUGGCUGUUGUGCUCAACGCCGUUGCUACAGAGACGGGCAUAGAUGCCGAAGAGCUGCAUGACUCGACCUUGUUGACCGACCUUGGUGUGGACUCCAUCAUGGCCAUUCAAAUCGCAAGCGCUGUGCACGACGCAACGGGUGUGGAGAUUGGUGCCUCGUCUUUGCACGAUUACCAAACCAUCGGAGACAUUCGUCGAGCCUUUUCCGACAAGCCUGCCGUAUCUGCUGAGGAACCCAGACUUGGAGCGGCGCCCAGUUGGUCCGACCAUCGUGGCCAAGCUAACAUUGCAUCUACCCCUAGCCUCCACAAGCCAGUUUUCCCGCAACCUCCUGUCGCGACUCCGCACACAAUGCUUCACAGCGCUGCCAUCUCCCAACCCGCGGUUCCAUCGCCACCCCCGGCAGCGCCAGCAGAAAAGAAAAAGGUGCAAGGACUUGCCAAGGUACCUGCCACGAUUGACAUGACCAAGCCCCAUGUGAACAUUGUGCUCAUGCAUGGACGUCUCUCAUCCAAGUUGACGCCGCUUUUCAUGUUUCCGGAUGGGACAGGCGCUGCGGCAACGUACAUUUACUUGAAGCGCCUUGGCAACAACCGCCCCGUGUACGCGGUCGAAUCUCCCUACCUCCGCUGUCCAGAACUUUUCACCUGCGGCGCUGAGGACGCCGCUUCCCUCAUGGUCUCGGCCAUUGUCAAGCAGCACAAGGGUCCUUAUCUGCUGGCCGGCUACUCUGGCGGCGCGAUUCUGGCCUACGAGGCGGCGCGUCAGCUACUCCUUGCAGGCCACGCGGUUCAAGGCCUCCUUAUGUACGACAUGGCUGCACCCAAGGCCCGCCCAGACAAGCACAAAGACGCCAUGCCCAAGGUCCUGGUCGAGAUGAUGGUGCGCUUGAUGGGCGGAUCGCGCAAUAAAUGGCUCGACCAAGCGGCGGCCGAGAAAUCCCAGCUGCACAUGCGCCAAAUGGUUCGCUGCGUAAGUGCCUAUCAAGGCAAUGCCAUGCCGCCAGGCAUGCGCCCCGACCGGACCGUUAUCACAUGGUGUACGCGUGGCGUUGCUGAACGCCUCGACGAGCCCUUCAAGCAGAAGCUAGCCGCCAACGGCAUCUCGUGCGAUCCGGUUCCCAACUUCAUGGAAGAUCCUGCCGUCGGCCCCUUCAACUGGACUUUCCCGCCUAACAAGCCGCUCGGCCCCAACGGCUGGGACCACAUGGUCGGCCCAAUCCAUUGCUUAGCUGUUGAGGCGGAUCACUUUUCCAUGAUCGUGCCCCCGGAUCCUUUGCGGAACAUCCUUCGCCUGAGUUCCCAAUGGUAG